UUUUAUGUGACAGAAAUGUAAUAUUUUACUGAAAACCAACGAAAUAAAUGUUAAUAUUUCAUAUUUUAUGAAGUCUGACAACUUUUGUCUGUGUGUUGACAAAAUUGUGCGGGCAAGUGUACGAAAAAUACUUCGUGUGCUCCAAAAAUGCAGUUUGGAUCACAUAAAUAAUUUACUUAUGUAUUACACUGAGUCUUAACGGAUAUUAUGGCUUCAUUUGAAAGGAGAAACUGCAUGGAAAAUUUACAAAAGGUUACACCAAUAAUCUUUUUGAUUUUAAAUUUUAAUAGUCGUCUUCAGCAUAUCUGUGCAUCAUCGUUCACAAAUAAUGAUAUAGCCGAUGUGGCCAAGCCCUACUUUGACGACAUAAGUCCCAGAAAUAUUUCGGGUGUCGUUGAUGAAGCAGCAAUUCUAAGAUGCCGAGUUAAGAAUAAGGGAAAUCGUACAGUAUCUUGGAUGCGAAAAAGGGAUCUGCAUAUUCUCACAACAAAUAUUUAUACCUACACUGGGGAUCAACGCUUUUCAGUAAUGCAUCCACCAAACACUGAUGAUUGGGACUUGAAGAUUGAUUACGCUCAACCACGGGACAGCGGCAUUUACGAGUGUCAAGUGAAUACUGAACCUAAAAUAAAUUUGGCAAUUACUUUAGAAAUAUCUGCAGAGAGCGAAAUAAGAGAAAAGAACUCAGAAAUACUCUACUAUGAUGCAAAAGCUGCCAGAGCAAAAAUCUUGGGAUCGACUGAGAUCCAUGUUAAGAAAGACAGUACUAUUGCAUUGGCCUGCGCGGUAAAUGUUCAUGCCUCGUCCGUGCUGUGGUACCACGGAUCAUCAAUAGUAGACUUUGAUUCGCUUCGCGGCGGGAUAAGCUUGGAAACUGAAAAAACCGAUACUGGCACCACCAGUCGUCUGAUGUUAACUCGUGCUUCCCUCAGAGACUCGGGCAACUACACAUGCGUGCCAAAUGCAGCCGUACCUGCCUCUGUACGUGUUCAUGUACUAACUGGGGAACAGCCGGCUGCUAUGCAAACCAGCAAUGCUAGCGUAACGAGGGCUUCUGCAACCGCAAUCACAAUUAUGUGUUUGACCAUAUCAAAAAUACUGAUUUUUAAAUUUCCAAACCUAUCCCAGUGCAUAAUACAUCGAAAUUUAAGAUGACUAAUUUAGAAAAAAGAUUACAAAUAUAUUGCAGUGGACAGAUUGCAAAAAAACUUGUUUACCAACAAAAUAACUUUAUAAUAAA